CAUUAUAUUUGUUCAGCACAGCACUAGAGUUGGUACGUACGUGGAGCAUUAUUCGACCAACAGCACCACGUCCUUCUCCUCGCAACACCAGCCGGAGACGAUGCCCUGCCGAUCGCCGGCUACGCUCAAAGUCAACAAGAACUCUCACUCGGCCAAGAAGCGGCCGGUGCAGGUGCGGCAGCCGGUGAUCAUCUACGUGGAGUCGCCUAAAGUCGUCCACGUGAGCCCCAGCGAGUUCAGGUCCGUCGUCCAGCGCCUCACUGGUGCGGCGCCAUCUGCAUCUGCACCGUCACCGUCGACUAUGUUUUCCGCCUCCGCUCCGCAAUUCCCGUUCCAGCUGUACGGGCUUGCGCAGGAGGCACUGAACGACAGUGAGCGCAGGACGUUGCCAUUCGUGGCGAGCACCCUGUCGCCGACGAUCGCGGCAGCGCCGGUAUCGGGGAGCUUGUUUGCCUCCUCUUCGCCUGGUGACGCAGGCCAAGGCGCCGUCAGCUUAUUCAGUAACCAUCAGCUAAGCCCAGCAUUCCUGUUUGAUCAUCAGAACAUGGUGCCGGGUGCUGGUCCAAGCUCAGUCCAGGCAAAUCUACUGGUCUCUAGUGCUCCACUUCUUCUGCCGUCCAUUGGUGCGUGUCAUGGCGAUCUCUUCAUCAACCAGUAAUUAAGUAUAGGAUA